AUGUCCACAAAGUCCUUUAGCUGGGAGGUGGAAGAUGAGAGAGAAGUGGAGGUGGAAGAUGAGAGUGAAGUGCAGGGAAACAUGGAUCCAUUCUGUGUACUAAAGUGGGUGCCAGAGGAUAUUGCUUUUCCAGUUGGAUUUGCUUGGGGUGCAGCUACAGCAGCAUAUCAGAUUCAAGAAGGCUGGAAUGCAGAUGGAAAAGGCCCUAAUGUCUGGGACACAUUCACCCAUCAGGGAGGAGAUGGAGUUUUCAGGAACCAGACUGGUGAUGUAGCUUGUGGCAGCUACACUCUGUGGGAGGAAGAUUUGAAAUGUAUCAAACAGCUUGGAUUGACUCAUUAUCGCUUUUCUCUUUCCUGGUCACGUCUGUUACCUGAUGGGACGACAGGUUUCAUCAACCAGAAAGGUGCCUGUGAAAAAGUUACAGCCCCAGCUUUGGUACCAGAGUUUAAAGGCAUCUUAUAA